AUGGGGCGGCCCCCAGCCCUGGCCAGAGGCCGCGUCCAACUCGAUGCCACCCCCCAGCCACUGGGCCCGCAGGGGCUGGGAGGAAACUCACCAAAGCAGGCCUGGCCCCCAUGGGCCCCUGUCCUGUUCCUGCUCCUCCUGUCUGCAGGGAGCAGUGGCGGGUGCCCUCCUGUGUGUGACUGCACCUCCCAGACACACACAGUGCUCUGCCCCCUCCGGCGACUGGAGGCUGUGCCUGGGGGACUGCCACCGGACACUGAGCUCCUGGACCUGAGUGGGAAUCGCCUGUGGGGGCUACAACGGGGAAUGCUCUCCCGCCUGGGCCUGCUCCGGGAACUGGACCUCAGCUACAACCAGCUGUCCACCCUGGAGCCUGGAGCCUUCUACGGCCUCCAGAGCCUACUCACCCUGAGGCUGCAGGGCAACCGGCUGCGGAUCCUGGGGCCCGGCGUGUUUUCGGGCCUGCCUGCCCUCACACUGCUCGAUCUCCGCCUCAACCAGAUUGUCCUCUUCCUGGACGGCACCUUUGCAGAGCUGGGCAGCCUCCAACAGCUGGAGGUGGGGGACAACCAUCUGGUGUUCGUGUCGCCGGGGGCCUUCGCGGGCCUGGCCCGCCUGAGCGCCCUCACGCUGGAGCGCUGCAAUCUGAGCUCGGUGCCCGGCCUGGCCCUGGCCCGCCUCCCGGCACUAGGAGCCCUGCGGCUCCGGGAGCUGGACAUCGGGAGGCUGCCAGCAGGGGCACUACGGGGCCUGGGGCAGCUGAAGGAGCUGGAGAUCCACUCCUGGCCGGCUCUGGAGGCUCUGGAGCCCGGGAGCCUGGCGGGGCUCAACCUCAGUAGCCUGGCCGUCACCCACUGCAACCUGAGCGCGGUGCCCUUCCAGGCCCUCCACCACCUGAGCUUCCUCCGGGUCCUGGAUCUGUCUCAGAACCCCAUCUCGGCCAUCCCCGCGCGAGGCCUCAGCCCACUGGUGCGGCUGCAGGAGCUCCGGCUGGCGGGGGCGUGCCUCACGUCCAUCGCCGCCCACGCCUUCCACGGCCUGGCCGCCUUCCACCUGCUGGACGUGGCCGAUAACGCCCUUCAGACACUGGAGGAAACAGCCUUCCCUUCUCCCGACAAACUAGUCACCCUGCGGCUGUCGGGCAACCCCCUGACCUGCGACUGCCGCCUCCUCUGGCUGCUGCGACUGCGCAGCCGCCUGGACUUCGGCGCAUCGCCCCCGGCCUGUGCUGGUCCCCGGCCCGUGCAGGGGAAGAACCUGAGGGAGUUCUCAGACAUCCUGCCUCCGGGACACUUCACCUGCCAACCAGCCCUGAUCCGGAAGUCAGGGCCACGGUGGGUCAUUGCAGAGGAAGGGGGGCGUGCCGUGUUCUCCUGCUCCGGGGACGGGGACCCAGCCCCCACAGUGUCCUGGGUGAGGCCUCAGGGGCCUCGGCUGGGAAAGGCCGGGCGGGUGAGGGUCCUGGAGGACGGCACGCUGGAGAUCCGCUCGGUGCAGCUGCAGGACCGGGGAGCCUACGUCUGUGUGGUCAGCAACGUUGCUGGGAACGACUCCCUGAGGACCUGGCUGGAAGUCGUCCAAGUUGAACCACCAAACGGCACUUUCUCCGACCCCAACAUCACCAUGCCCGGGAUCCCAGGGCCCUUCUUCCUGGAUAGCAGAGGUGUGGCUAUGGUGUUGGCAGUUGGCUUCCUCCCCUUCCUCACCUCAGUUACCCUCUGCUUUGGCCUCAUUGCCCUCUGGAGCAAGGGCAAAGGCCGGGUCAAACAUCACAUGACCUUUGAUUUUGUGGCACCCCGGCCCUCUGGGGAUAAGAACUCUGGGGGUAACCGGGUCACCGCCAAGCUCUUCUGACCCUUAACUUCCACACUGGGGUCCACCCAAGCCAGCUUUGGAUACCAAAAGGAAAGAAGACCAAGGUUGCCUGGACCAGAACCUAGGACCACCCCUGACUGCAUCGUGCCAGCGACUAAUGACGCCUCCCAUUAGAGUCUGCCUCCUGCUUCUGAAGUUUGAGGAUGGGAGCAGAAGAUGUAGACCUGUCAUCAGUCAGCCUAGCCCUCCCCAACCCCUACCCCCCAGCAGGAAACAUCCCCAUGACUCCAGUCUACUUGCCCACACACACUUACACCCUCUAACCAAUGCCAACUGCCAACCACAGCUACCAGAUUACUGCAGAGGGGAGGCCAGGCAGUGCCGCCUGCUUCUCACCCACGCAGUCUCCUCUCCUCUCUGGUCUGUCCCCUCCCCAGGUGAAAGGAGCUAGGGCCAAGGACCUGAGGCUAAGAAGGUGUGAGUGUGCGCGGGGGAGGGGCAGACUACACACUGGCGCUGUGUCUGCAUGAGCCUCCAGCACCUGCUCCAUCUGUCACAUCAUUAAACUGGCUGCCAAAAGGCCACGACAGUAGCAGCCUAAACUAAA